AAUAGAUAGGAGAAUUCAAAUUGAGGUGAAAUUUAAUGGUUUAAUUUAAGGAAUGAAAAUAUCUUUUAAUUUUUUAUGAUCAUUUUUCAAAAUAUUCUUAGUUUAUUAUUGAGUUAAUGAUAGCAUAUCUAUGAAUAAAACUAUUUCAAAAUUGUAAUAAAAUAAUUUUGAACAAAAUCAAUUUUUUCGCUUAAUUUACAUCAUGAAAUUGUAAUUUUUAUCCAUUUUUUUUCAAAAACUUUACGGUUAAAUUUGAACGACAUGCUUAGCAAUUUGUGAGGCGAGAAGUGCAGGAUCAGCAGUUACAAGAGAGUUCUGACCAAUAUAAAAAGCGAGUGAACGUUCAAAGCAAUUGAAGGUUCUUAAACAAUCGAAUAUUUCCCGCGCUAAUUACAGGCGUCCAGCGAAUGGGUUCAAGCGAACAAGCAGCGAACGCCAAUACGGCAUCGAUGAGCUAUCAGUCACUGAAGCUCGCCGUAGCGAUCUCUCUUCUCCGAUCAAAGCUCCUCCAAAGGCAAUCUCCUUUGCCUGAUAGUCGUCCCGAAUCCGACGCUCUUCGUUGGAAGCGAAAGGCUAAGGAGCGGAAACAAGAGCUACUUCGACUCAGAGAAGAGCUCAAGGAAGCAGAAGAUGCUUCGCAUUACGAAUUGUUCCCGCAAAAUGCUUCAUGCAAGUGCUAUUUCUUUGACAAUUCGGGGAAACUAAGCCUUAAGCAAGACGGAGAUGGUUCUGAUCGUAGAUUCGACGACGUUCUUCGCCGCAGAUUCCUCAGACAAGUGCGGUUAAAGGAAAGGAGGAAAACUGGUGGUCCAAAACAACAAUUGAAGUUUUCAGAUUUCAACAAUGAAGAUGCAGCUGAGCAGCUAAGGGCCUCUAUUGAUUUUCUUGUGGAGCUUUGUGACACUGCCUCUCCUGUGCAAGAGGCUAAUUUUGCAAACUGGUCGCACCAAGCUGUGGAUUUCAUUCUAGAUUCAACGAGGAACCUGCUGUCAAAAGAAAAGAAUAUGGACUUUACUGAAGGAAUUGUCAACAACUUGAUUGUGAGAUUGGUUAGAAGGAUGUGUUCCCCUUCACAAGAUGAGCCAAACUGUGGCGCUGAUACCCAGUUCUACAUUGAACACUUGAUCCGCAAGCUUGGAAGUGAAUCUUACAUCGGGCAGCGUGCAAUCUUUUUAGUUUCUCAAAAAAUAUCUCUAGUGGCAGAGAAUUUGCUCUUCAUGGACCCAUUUGAUGAUGCUUUUCCAAAUAUGCAUAGAUGUUUGUAUAUUAUGAUACAGCUUAUUGAGUUUUUGUUAUCGGAUUACUUGUUAACUUGGUUAAAGGGUGAAGGCUUUGACAAUGUACUGUUUGAAGAGUGGGUGAUAUCACUACUUCAUGCUCGAAAAGCAUUAGAACUUCUGGAAAACAGAAAUGGGCUUUAUGUGUUAUACCUGGAUCGAGUCAUGGGCCAACUGGCUAAACAAGUGGGUCAAGUUUCGCCAAUCCCGAAGCUCAACCAAGAUAUUCUGGAUAAUCUAUUCCGCUGACUACAAAGUGCUAAAACUAAAGGUAUUUCCUGUGUAUUGUUGGUAAAGCUCAAGUUGCAUCCCGAAACUUAAAGAUUAAUUUUUCUUUUUUGAAAUUGAAAGAAUACAUUUUAAACACUUGAGAAAGCCUAUAUUUCAAAUAAAGCCUGAUUUGCUGGAGAUUUUGAAAUCUUUAAGUAGUAAGAAAGAAAUAUUAUUAAUUGAAUGAUUUGAUGCCACUCGAAUUGGAAUCUCACUCUGCAUUAACAUGUUUCUGACACUCUUCUCUUAAGUUUUGUUACCUUUGCAAUUUUGUUUAAAGUAAAUAUGUGCCUCAAAUCUAAGUGAACAGUUAAUUGUCUAGAGAAUCAUUCUCUGCUGCCUUUCUGGCUACUUCUGCAUUGAGUUUCUUUUUUAGGGUAAUGGGGGGAGGUUAAUGAAGGUAAGAAUAUGGAAUUUACUGUGUUUUGUAAAGCAAAGUUGAUCAAUCUUAUAUUGUUGGGAGUUUAAAAACUUUAUUUUCCACCUUAUAUAUUUUUAUUUUGAUGGUUUAAAGAAAUGGAUAUUUUUGAGGUUGGUUAAUAAAUAUAAAUCUUGACAGUCAUUAACUUUUACUUGAACUCUAAAGUAACCUUUCAAAUAUGGUUAGAAGGUUAAUCUCCAGAUGAGAUCUCUCUAGUGAACUUCCAUACAUAAUGUAAACCAAUGUUCUUCAGAGCUGCAAGGAUUCAAUUUUCAACCAACUACAACAUUGGUAUGUAUCCACAUCUUAUAGAAUUCUUUGAAUCGAGGACAGUGGUACCCCUAACACAGAUUUUUCAUUUUUCUGGUCUUACUAGUCUCUUUUCUUCUGAUUCCAAUCUUUUAUUACUUAGUCGGUGCAUGUUGCUAUGCAAUCUAAUAUUCGUCCGAAAUUUGGUUAAGGCUGUAGAAAUAUAUGCCCUUGAAUUCUGAAUAACAAGUGAACCUUUUCAUUUAUCUUCCUUUUGAGGCACAGAAAUAAAUUAGUGAGACUUGUGAUACACUUUUGCCGAAAGUGAUCCUCUUUAGGCGAAUGCUAUUAGAUUCACUGCAAAUUCAUUCAGCUAGGCUCUUGCCGUCAUAUUUUUCAUCUUUCAACAGACAGAUUGUAUCGUUUUAGAGAUUAUCGUCGAAGAUUAUUAGAGUUUGAAUCUUUAACCUCUUGUAUUACAGAUAGACAGUGUACAGAUAAAAAUAUUGUUCUUGAAAUGGGUUUUCAUACUAAGUCAAAAGCUAGCACUAGCAGUUUGUCCUGAAGAAGCUUCUGGUUAUAAAGCUGGCCCACCUCAACUACUGCCUAUUAAUAUCUCAAAAAUAUAUUUUAACUUCCUAUGGUCCAUUAUAGCAUUACAUGAUAGGAUAUCCUUUCCUCCUACCUUUCUCCAAUUUUUGCUUAGCAGAGAUGGCUCCAACAAGAUAUAUAUUCACUUUCCUUGUUCUUUCCCUACUUUUGCUGUCCCAGUCUCUUCCAAUUAUGGCUAAUGAACCUGUCCUUGAUCAAUUCAACAAAGCUAUUGCCCAGUAUCUUCACCAGGGUAGACAAUUAGCUCAUAUUGAUCUUAGUUCAUUCUCUACUAGGAAGCUUGGGAUUCAGAUCAAACGAAGGGCUCGAUUUGCUCCACGUACACGUCCUAAAUCAUCUGCUAUCCGAACUCAGAUGACCUCAUUCCAUUUGAUUGGUUCUGUUCUUGGCUCCUUUCUCUUCCUUUGUUUCUUCAUGCUCUAGAUAGCCUUUUGAAGGUGGUGAUUUCGUUACUAGUAAAGUUUCAGAAUUCAAAUCUAGCUAUCAUGUAGUAUUGUAGUGUGAUUUCUUCUUCUAUAUAUAUAUAUAUAUAUAUAUAUGAACGGAAAAUCACACUAUAUUAUAGCUAGUACAAUGAAAGGAUCUGGAUGUACAAUAACUAGUGCAUUAUUAUUAUUUAAAAGGGGCCGGUUGUGAUGUGGGAUUGUGUAAUAUGUUUGUGGGUAAACAAAAUAUUUUAACAUUUUAUUAUUAGUUUAUGGUUAUCAUAAUCGUUUGUUGGAAUGGUAUUCAAUUAUUUAGCUUUUAUACAAUGUUAUAUUUUCUGUCAAA